AAAUUAUCCCAUCGGAUAUUUUUUAUUUCCUUAUAUUUGCGAGCCUGACCCUCUAAUCUUAACCCUACCCGAAUUCCCCUUUCCACGGCCGACUAUCGACAUAGCUAGCUGCUGCUCAGUUCGAUUUCUAUCAAACCGUUAACCCGAUCGGUUCAAGACCUUUUCAAGGCAGAAAUCUUGUAGAUUUGGAUCCGCCAUGGCGGCUUUGAAGGAUCUUUUACCAGAUGCGAAAAACUCAACGUCGACCUAUUAUGAUCACGCGAAUGAUCCUUGGUUUAAACAACGGUUUAGUACGUCGGAGGAAGAGAAAUCCACUGUCGUAAAGGCGAAGCCAGUACCGCCUUACUUGAAGCGCGCCGGUUUUGUUCCUAGGAAAGUUGAAGACUUUGGAGAUGGAGGAGCUUUCCCUGAAAUACAUAUUGCUCAAUACCCGCUUGAUAUGGGAAGGGUUAAAGGGGCAAAACCUGGAUCGAAGAUUCUUCCGGUGACUGUUGAUGCUCGUGGGAAUUUGGCUUAUGAUGCAAUAGUUAAGCAGAGUGAGAAUGCCAAGAAGAUUGUUUAUUCGCAGCAUAAGGAUUUAAUUCCUAAGAUUUUGAGGAAUGAGGAAGAGGGUGGUGAUGAGGGGGAAGAAGAGGAGGAGAUGCAAAAAGAGAUCGAGGAAACUAUGCAAGAAACUAAGGCGGCUUUAGAGAAGAUAGUUAAUGUGAGAUUGAGCGCUGCACAGCCUAAGAAUGUUCCGAAACAGUCUUCGGAUUCAAAGUAUAUUAAGUAUAAGCCUUCACAGCAAUCGGCUGCGUUUAAUUCAGGUGCUAAGGAGAGGAUAAUUAGAAUGGUAGAGAUGCCUGUUGAUCCUCUUGAGCCUCCCAAGUUUAAGCAUAAGAGGGUACCUAAGGCUUCGGGGUCUCCACCUGUGCCAGUGAUGCAUUCCCCUCCCCGUCCUGUUACUGUGAAGGAUCAGCAGGACUGGAAAAUUCCACCUUGUAUUUCAAACUGGAAGAAUCCAAAAGGGUAUACUAUUCCGCUGGAUAAGCGUCUUGCUGCUGAUGGAAGAGGUUUACAGGAGGUUCAGAUUAACGAUAACUUUGCAAAGCUGUCUGAGGCUUUGUAUGUUGCAGAGCAGAAGGCUAGAGAAGCUGUGGCAAUGAGAUCAAAGGUGCAGAAAGAGAUGAUGAUGAAGGAGAAGGAAAGGAAGGAGCAGGAGUUGCGAGCUUUAGCUGCUAAAGCCCGUUCUGAGAGAACUGGGACGGUGGCACCAUCUACUGCUGUUCCAAUGUCAUCUGAUAGAAGUGCGAUGGAUACUGAUAUGAGAGUGGAUUAUGAGCCUGUGAGGGAAAGAGAAAGGGAUAUGCCAAAGGAAUCGAAGGAAGAAAGGGAGGAGCGGUUGCAGAGGGAGAAGAUACGUGAAGAGCGUCGUAGAGAAAGGGAGAGAGAGAGAAGGUUGGAGGCCAAAGAUGCUGCCAUGGGUAAAAAGAGUAAGAUUACAAGAGAUAGAGAUAGAGAUAUUAGUGAAAAAGUUGCUCUUGGUAUGGCUUCUACUGGUGCUGGAAGAGGUGGGGAAGUAAUGUAUGAUCAAAGGUUAUUUAACCAGGAGAAAGGAAUGGAUUCUGGAUUUGCAACUGAUGAUCAAUACAACAUCUACGACAAGGGUCUAUUCACAGCGCAACCUACUCUCUCGACACUCUACAGGCCAAAGAAAGACGUGGAUUCAGACAUGUAUGGUGGCGCUGAUGAGCAGUUAGAGAAAAUAAUGAAAACUGAGAGGUUUAAACCUGACAAGGCGUUUGCUGGUACUUCUGAGAAGAGUGGUCCAAGAGACAGGCCAGUUGAGUUUGAAAAGGAAGUUGAAGAAGCUGAUCCGUUCGGUCUUGAUCAGUUCUUGACAGAGGUCAAGAAGGGCAAGAAAGCCAUGGAGAAAGUGGGUAGCGGAGGGACAAUGAAAGCAAGUGCAGGUUCGUCCAUGCGAGAUGGCUAUGAAGGAGGAUCUAAUAGAUCUCGCAUUAAUUUCGAAAGAGGACAUUAAUAUACAUGGUUCUGUAGCUUGUUUAUUUGCUCAUCUUUGUUGCCCAGUGAAAUCUUAAACCCUGAAAUAGCUGUCUGGGGUGAGAUUUUCUCUCUCUUCGGUACGUGGAAUGUUGUUUUAUUUUCCCUUGUAGACUUUUAAAUAAUCAUAUUUCUCUGUUAUUUUA